GCAAAAGUACUGUGUCUGGUUCUGAGACCUUCACUGCAGUAAAGAUUCUCCCUCCCUGGACUUGGUCCAGGGAGGGGGAACACAGCUGAUGCAGAGUCUAGAGGUGAGCUGAGACACGGUCACUGGUACGACUUAUCCACCCACAACAUCCUUCAGAAUGGAUUCUGGAUUCCCGAGGAGAGAGGUGCUGGCUCGUCCUCUAAGGUCGAGAGAGGCUGAGAAGCCCAAGCAUCUGACCAUCUUUGACUUCGGGGAGGUUGGUCUCAGGCUCAGGAAGAAGCCGGACAGCCCUCAGGAGACAAAGCUGCCCAAGACUGUCCGGCCCCCAGGCCCGAGUGAGAACUCCAAGUACAAGUUCUCAUCACCUGACCGGAACAAGACCUUGCUUGAGCCUGUCCCAUCCGAGCUGGUGUUUCAGAACUAUGUCCUUGGCAAGGUCUGUGAAAUGCCCCUGCUUCUGAGGAAUAGAGACAAGGUUACUCGGCUGGUGAAGGUCACCAUGGACAGCUCACCUUAUUUCAAGUUGGUCGGCCCCAAUGAUGUGUGCCAUCAGAUCCCACCGGGCUCAUUUUGUACUAUAAACAUCCUUUUCACCCCUGAGGGGAGCAAGGAUCAUUUCCACCAGCUUGUCUGCAUCUACAAAAGGGAAAAGCUCACUGUGCCAAUCCGGGCCAUUGGUGCCCGCCCAGUCUUGGACUUCCCUGACCAGCUGGACUUCUCGUCGUGUCCAGUCAACCACAGCACCCAGAAGACUCUGCUGGUUCACAACACCGGGAACCUGGAAGCCUGUUACAGCCUCAGCACUGAGAGCCCUUUCACUGUCAGCCCAACCAUGGGAACCCUCGACGUUGGUGAAGCCAAGCAAGUGACAGUGGAAUAUCACCCAAUGGAGACCGGGCACCAUUCCACAUCCCUGGCAGUGCACUGCGACAGAGGUGAUGAAGAUACCCACACCAGACUUCUUGGAAAAGCUAAGGACUUCAACAUCGGGCUGGACAAGUACUCUUUGGAAUUUGACAAGACUUAUCUCACACUGUCAAGCCACAGGACCACGGUCAUCCACAAUAGAAGUAACAUCACAGCCCGAUUCCAGUGGAAGGCUUUUGCUACUGAGGCAGAGGACUAUCCACAGAAGAUCAGGCUGUGUUUCAAUCUGUCUCGGCCACCCCAGGAGAUAGUAAAGGCUCUUGUGAUGAAGCGCUAUGAGGAGCUUGAGCUUUACGACUGCGAGUUGGAGAAGGAGACAGCAAAGAUUGAAGCAGACCCCAUGCUGUUCUCAGAUGAUGUUUUCACCAUUGAGCCCUUGGAGGGAGAGGUUGGGCCACAUUGUUCAGCUGAGAUCAAGGUGUUCUUUAAACCCCGAGAAGCCCAAGUCUACAGAAAAGUGGCCUACUGUUCCAUCUCAGGCCGUGAGAGCAGGCUGCCCCUGCGCCUCACAGGGGAAGGCCUCGGGCCCUGCCUCCAACUCAGCUCUGAGGAACUGAACAUGGGGAAAGUUUUGGUUGGAGAAGCCUACAGCUAUGAGGCAAUGCUGGUUAACAAAGGAGCUAUUGAUGCUCCCUUUGAGCUCAUCCCUCCAACCACAGCCCACGGCUCCUGCUUCACCUUUCAGCCCCAGCAGGGCAUCAUUCCACCCAGUGGGCUCCAGCCCAUCCAGAUCUCCUUCAGUUCCAGCACCCUGGGGGAGUUUGAGGAAGAAUUCCAUUUCAAUGUGGCGGAAUCCCCUAAGCCUGUGACCUUGACUAUCAGGGGCCACGUCACCGGACUGAGCCUGCAUUUCAGCACAGGUGGCCUUGACUUCAAUGACGUCUCCUUUGGCUUUCCUCAGACCUUGUCGUGCCGCCUGAUCAACACCUCUGUGGUGCCCAUCACCUUCCACCUUCGCAUCCCUGAGGACGGCCAGGGACAGCCCAGCCUUACCAGCUUUGACCAAGUGAAAGACAACGCUCACCCCUCCUGGGAAAAAGGCACACUGGCUCCAUGUCAGGAGAAGCCAAUGGAAUUCACCAUAACACCCAGCGCAGGGACCAUCCCUUCCCAGGGAUCCCAGGAGAUCAGGGUCACGCUGUGUUCCAAUGACGUGGGACAGUACGACUGUGAUAUGGUGGUGGACGUGGAUGGUUUUGGCAAGGAGGUGUUGGCUCUGCGCCUCAAAGCCAGAUGUGUCGUUCCUGAGCUGCGUUUGCUCUCCUCCACCCUCGACUGUGGACCGUGCUCUGCAAAGGUCCCUUGCCAGAAGACGCUGACCCUUGUGAACCCGAGCCCCCUUCCAGGAUGCUACAGAGUUCUCCCUCAGAGACACCAAGAGGCCGCUGCUCUGUGGUACUCCAGCCCCAAGCCGUGUGGGAUUAUCCAGGGUCACAAGAUGGUGGAGAUCCCAAUUACAGCUGAAGUCCAGGUGGUGGGUGCUCAUUCCAUCCUGGUGGAUAUCGCCGUGUUCGGGAAGGAGAGAUCCCCACUGCAAAUGCAUUUAAUGUGCACUGGAAAGACGCCGCUUGUCUACGCAAGUGUGAAUAAGAUAAACUUCGGCGAGAUCCAAGCGAUGCAGGAGACUUCCCAAACUCUCCAGCUGUGCAAUCAGGGUCUCAUCCCUGCAGCCUUCAGAGCAGAGAUCGGUGGCAAAUGCUGGAGUAUUGAACCCAGGGAAGGAGUGGUCCCUGCCAAGGCUGAGGUUCCUGUGGUUGUCACGGCAAACCUGGGUGACACAGGGAGAUUUGAAGACAGCAUGAAGCUGUUCAUUGAGAACAGCCUUACCAGUGUCAUCCCCAUCCAGGCUGUGGGCAUUGGCACCACAAUUACCAUUGACAAACCGUUUGCGCCGGAGCUGAAUUUGGAACCCCAGUUCAACCUCGUUCCCUGCAUUUUGCGAUUCAAAGUAACAAACAAGGGGUGUCAGUUCCAGCAGCUGUACUGGGGCACAGAAGGUUUCAGCACCUUUCGACAGCGUCAUCCUCUCCCUGCCCUCGGUGUCACCAAGGGCAAAAACGCUUCCCAGAGACCCACCACCCCCGUAUUUAAGCUGCGGCCACGGAGUAUGAAUCUGCAGCCAGGCGAAACUAUGGAGCUGGUGCUGGAAGGCUUCUCCAGCACUGUCCAGGAGGUGGAGGAGAAACUGGUGUGUGAGGCAGUCGUGGAGCCAGAGAUAACAAAGAAAGAGAUCAUCAAGACAAAGGUCACCUGCAAGUUCAUUUCUCCCGCUGUGCAAAUAUCAUCCAGAGCAAUCACUUUCCGUGUGGAGAAGCACCCUGAUGUCCUGACUCUUCAGUACAAGCCUCUGUCUUUAAAAAACACCUGCUGCCUGCCAUUCCACCUUUUGCUGGACUUGGAGCAGCCGUUCCUAAUCUGUGAUGCAGACCAUCAGCCCCUCCCUGCAGGGGCCCAGCCUGUGAAGAUGGAGGCAGGGCAGGCACUUCAUCUCUCCAUCGGCUUUAACCCAGCCUAUGAAAAGGAUCCGAUCAGCUGGGUAGCAAAGAAGACUCUAAAGAUCCGGCUGGUGGAACAUCCUCAUGAGGAAGAGAUCACCGUUUGGGGAGAGGUCUACUUCCCGAAUCUCCGUAUCCCGACCAAAGCACUGGACUUUGGUUGCAUCGCGAAUGGCACAAAACAAGUGCGUUACCUGGAGAUGACCAACUGCGGCCCAAUUCCUGCCCACUACCACUGGUCAUUCCAGAUGGACGGCAAGGAGUACCUGACAAGGUUCAUACCUUCCCCACCUACAUUCAAACCCCAGCCACAAAUGGCCAGGUUCGGCUAUGUUGAGUGUGGGCGUUAUUCAAGGAGGUACUUCAGGCCUGGAAGUGUGCAGGAGCCAGCCAAAGCCCCGGAAGCAGCACAGGACUCUUCCCAACAAUCAUCACAUUCAGCAAACUGCCUGGAAACAGAACAGAAUUCUUCCGAAGAGUCAUCAGAUUCAGAGGACUCCCUGGAAACAGAAUGGGAUUCUUCUGAACAGUCACCAGAUCCAGAGAACUCUCUGGAAACAAAGCAGGACUCUUCCCAAAAGUCAUCAGAGGCCUCCCCAGAAGCAACGGUGCCACCAUCCACUGUUGCAGGGCCUCGGAGGUCAUUGAAGAGGAGGGUUUCAGAGACAGAAAACAUCCUGGGCAUUGUUCACGCUGAAACCAUCCAAGUCUCUGUGGAGGUCGACGAUGUUAAUCUGAGCAUCAACAUGCCUGAAGGUCCAGAUGGCAGCUUGGAAUUUGGAACCAUUAAUGUCCUUGAUAAUAAAAAGGAAGUCCUGAGUCUGCAGAACAAAGGCUUAUAUGACAUUGAGUACAGUUUCAAGCUGACCACUGGAAGUGCCAAGAGGGGCAACUUGGAAUCUCACUUCACUGUCCGGCCGCAGAGGGCUGUGCUGAAAGCCUCCCGGCCACCUGUGAAAGUUGAGGUCCUCUUCCACCCCACGACUGAAGUGUUUCUCGAGAGCAAACCCAUCCUGCUCUGCCAGGUCACUGAUCUCAAUUCAGGUCAAGGAGGUGAGACCGUUGCCACCAUCCCAGUGAGGGUGUCGGCGAGAGCCGUGUACAGCAAGUACAGCAUCGAGCCUGCCUCGCCCAUCGACUUCGGUGCCAUGGUUAAGGGCACCAAGAAGAGCCAGGUCCUAAUUGUGGAGAACAAAGGUGCUCUUAACUUCAAAUUCCUCAUCCGCCAAGCACCUCCACUGCAAAGUUCACAGCAAGAGGAAUCUGUCCCCUCGGUCAGGGAAAGAAAGCACUCGACGCAGGCUCAGCUCACUGUAGGCAUGUUCACGGUGUCCCCUUGCUCCGGCUCCGUCGGUCCUUGGGGCCAGCGGAAGAUCACAGUGGAUUGCAACGCAGGAGCAGAGGGGAAAUGUGAGGAGCAGCUGUACAUUGACAUCAGCAACAGAGACCCCAAGGACAAUCCCCUCGGCAUUCCUUUUACCCUGACUGCCGAGUCCUGCUUCCCAGCGCUUGUUGAAGACAUCACGUCCAUCUUUGAGCAGUACCCGAUCCACAGCAACGUCAAUCUCCGCAAGACGUUACAGUCGGUGCAAGGCAACGGUGUGUUCAUCAGAGAUGACAACAAAUUCAUCUUCACCAAAGUUCAGGUUGGGCAACGGGCCAUGGCUCACUUCAAGAUCUCUAAUGGCAGCAGUGUCCCAUGUGACGUGGUCCUCUCCAUCAAAGCCAUGCCUGGAGAGCCUCACAACCUUAUCAGCAACAUCUUCAAGUUGGAUCCUGUCGAGAUGAGCAUUCCUGGCUUAUCCCACGCCUUUGCUACAGUGACCUUCACUCCAGAACAAAAGGAGGACUACCAGUGCACUUUCACAGCUUCCCUUGUUAGCCCAGAAAGCAGCUCCGUGAAGACGAAACCCCAACAGCUGACCUUCACUGUCAGUGGAGAGGGGCAUGUGCCUCAGGUGACAGUCGAGUGCCCGGGCCUUCGGAGUAAGAGGGGAAACCCUGUGCUGCGCUUCAGGAGGCUCCUGCUGGGGGAUUCACAGACACUCCCCCUGGUCCUUCGUAACAAUGGCAUCGUACCCACCCAGUUUACAGUUCGUAUCAUGGAUGACAAGGGAGUUUUCUUUAUGAAAGCCAGGCAGUCCGCACUCCGUGCCUUCUACAUUGGAGACAAGGAAGAGGACUCCACUGGAAAAGCCAAGAAGCAUCCCCAGAAGCCUUACCUGCUCCUGGAACACGGGCAAUCAGCAGAGUUUGACGUGUUUUUCAAACCCACCCUGGCCCAACGUCUGGAAGGGAAGAUCCGUAUGCCAGUGUCAGGCAACAGUGAGAUCGACAUAGAGCUGGUGGGUGAAGGCCACAAUGAUGACUUCACCCUUGAUAACCUAGCAGAAGACAACCAGGAGAGCAAUGCUGAGGGCAAUCUGGAGGACGACAUCAUUACGGGUAAGAGAGGAGAGGCUGCCAAGCUGUCAGAGUGA